GCCGUUCUGAUCGUUUAGUCCGUGCUCCAUGGACCAUCAAGAGUGGGGACAGGGAAGACGGAGGAGAGUGGAUGAGGUGGUGGCGCGGAAGCCGAGACAAUGGGGCAGUGCCGGUUGGUAGCCAUGGCGAAGCCCGCAAAGGCUCUCUUACUUGACAGUCAUCACAAGCUUCCCCUGCCUCCCACCUUAACUUCCAACUCCUCAGCGUUAUAAGAAGAGAGCAUUGCCAGUGAGCGGGAGAAAGGCACCGGUCCUAAUUCCCCAAAGUCCUUCGAAGAUGUUGAACUCCUUCUCUUUCUUUGUUAUCUUCUUCUUCCUUCUUCCUUCCUUCUCUGUAGCAGUUCAUUCUGCCGCAAAGGAGCCGCCCCUCGCUAUGUUCGUUUUUGGGGACUCCGUCUUCGACAACGGGAACAAUCUCUUCCUGUCGACAUCGCUGUCGAAGGCGAAUUAUCUGCCGUAUGGUGUGGAUAUGGGAGGGCCUAGCGGGAGGUUCACCAACGAAAAGAACCCGGCUGAUGUCUUGGGCGAAUUUCUGGGCCUCAAGAAGCUCAUUCCUGCGUUUCUGAACCCAGAGGCGACAGGGGAGGAAAUUGUUCAUGGUGUUAACUAUGCUUCUGCUGGUUCUGGGAUCCUUGACUCCACCUUGAACACAAGUAGCCUUCCAUUGAACACACAGAUCAAUUACUUUGAGAAUACGACAUUGCCGGGCCUGAGGUCCCUCAUGAACGAGAGCCAACUAUCCGCCUACCUGUCUGAGGCCAUCUUUGUGUUCAACUCUGGAGCUAACGAUUAUGAGCAAUCUUGCUUUUCUGGCGAAAAUUCAUCGGACAUUUAUUGCUCCAUGUCAGAUUUCACGAUAUUACUUGCUAAUGAGCUUAUUGGCCAGUUCAAGAAAUUGUACAUUUUGGGAGCUCGAAAGUUCGUAUUGUUUGCUAUCCAAGUGAUUGGAUGCAGCCCGCUAGCUCGAAGCAUGUCAACGACCUCAGAGUGCAUGGGGGACUUCAACUUUGCUGCUAAGUUGUUCAACGAUCGCAUGCUCAACAAUAUCGACAACAUAACACAAGCUAUGCCGGGAUCAAACGUAGUCUUUGUUAACACCUACGGGAUAUUAGAUAAAUUUCUCGAGAAUCCUGCUGCUUAUGGAUUUACAGUUACAAAUGCAUCUUGCUGCGAAACGACAGCGGAAAGUUAUUAUAUCGCAUGCUUGGAAGGGGGCACGGUGUGUGGAAACAGAUCCGAGUACGUCUUCUUCGACGGCGUGCACCCAACACGGAGAGUGUAUGAGGCCAUUUCUUCCAAGGCAUUUUUGUCCGAUCUCACGGGCGAAGUCUAUCCUUUCAAUGUGAUGAAGCUGGCAAACCUCACCUCUGGUUCAAAGGUGGGAGGUUCAGUUCUGGAGUCAAGGGCGUGGGAGAGCUUUGGCAAGAAUGUGCAGUAGAUGAUGGUUUCGUGUUAAUCCAAAUAUUGAGUCUAGCACCACUAUUAUCUGCAAUAUUGUGGCUCUAUAUGUAUUGGACUCAAUGGUGUUGGUCCUAUAAUAUCAUGCAGUUUAGAAGAGAAUGUGUGAGUAUAAGAUCAAGUACUCUGUAUCGAUUAUAGUAUUCGUCCUAUAAUAUCAUGUAUUUAAAGGAGAAUAUAUGAGUAUAAGAUCGCGUACUCUGUA